AUGCAUCCCGUCGUGAGAAUGAUGUUCGGUUCUGUCAUGGGCAUGAUCGCGUUUGGCCGAGCGUUUGGCGGUGCGCUCGGCGGGCGGGACGCUCUCGGUGACCAUGCAGCAGUUGGUGUGCGCACGCAGACCUGCUGCGCCGCUCAGGAGAGCCCACCAGCGCCGCUCAGGACGCAGAUCUGCUGCGCCGCGCCGAUUCAACCCGCAAACUGCACGGAGCAUCAGACGGACAAUACCCCUGACUCGGCCGCCGAUCCGGUCCCGCACCUGCCGCGCCUCCUGUUGGCCCGCAAGUCGUACGGGCUGUACGUCUACUGCGGGCUCUGGAUGCAGCCACGCAGCACUCUCCUUGAGCUCGUCCUCUUUGACCGCUCGCUGCUGUCGGAGCUCGCGGCAAACAUCCUCGGCACCACGCAGCUUUCGGAUCUCUCGGCCACACUCCUCGGCGACGCAAGCGCCGACGAGAGCGAAUCUGCAGCCCUGCCGACCUGGCUCAUGCGCACUGCAUUCCUUUUCUGCAUCGUGAUCUCCCCACUGCAUUUCGUAAUCGGUUUAAACGUAGCCGGCGAGAAUCCGUGGUGGCGCGACGAUCCGUGCCUGCUCCUGCUCGUGUUCAUCGUGGGCUUCGAGCACAUUUGUGCGGACCUGAACUGGCUGUGUGGCCUCAUCCAGCGACGCGAUCCAGCUGCUAUGGCUCGCGACGCUCUGCAGCGCAAUCGCCCACGCCUGCUGCCUCUGCCGGGCGUGCAGCUUGCGUACCUCAUCUUCUCGCAGGGCUUUUUCCACGUCUUCUUCUUCUUCCCCGUCCACAUGGUUGCGGGGUGGAGGGCGAUUGCUCGGCUCUUUCCCGCUCGUCUGCCCGCUCCCGACGCCGAAAACAUCGCCGACAUGAUCGCCGAUGGCCUCCAGCUUAUUCAGCGGGGAAUGGCCAUGCUCGGGUGGAUCGUGGGGAUCGACAUCCGCGUGGCGCCGGUUCCUGCAGCGCCAAAGCACUGGCCUGCCGCCCUCGUCCUGCCGGACUCGCUCGACUCGCUCGACGUGCCGCCGGGCUUCGUCUGCCCUAUCACGCACAGCAUCAUGACCACGCCCGCCUGCACGCCCACCGGAGAGAGCUUCGAGUUCUCGGCGCUCGCCGAGUGGGUGUCCAAGUCCGGCAGCCACCCCACCAACCCAAGCAAGCCUCUCAGCCUCGACCAGCUCUGCCCCAACCUCUUCCUGCGCUCGGAGAUCGAGCAGUUUGUGCAGGACCAUGUGCAGGCCGCCGUUCGCCCGUGA